AUGGCGUUGGAGGGAUCAGACAUCUCAGAAGCCCUUCACUCACUGUAUGUGGCUGCUAGCUACAUCCUUGCUUACUCCUUCAUCUUCCUGCUCUGCAUGAUGGGGAACAUCCUGGUGUGUGUAAUUGUACUGGGAAACCGUCGUAUGCGCACAGUCACCAACCUCUUCAUCUUCAACCUGGCUAUCAGUGAUCUCUUGGUGGGAAUCUUCUGUAUUCCUACAACACUGGUGGACAACCUCAUCACAGGUUGGCCAUUUUCCAACACCGUGUGCAAGAUGAGUGGCUUCGUGCAAGGCGUGUCUGUGUCUGCAUCCGUCUUCACUCUGGUGGCCAUCGCUGUAGAAAGGUUUCGCUGUAUAGUGUUCCCUCUAAAACCUAAGCUGACUCUGCUUGUUGCCAAGACAGCCAUCGCGUCAAUCUGGGUGUUAGCAGUGGUCAUCAUGUGUCCUACUGCAGUGGCACUGACAGUGGAAAAAGUCCCUUUCCAUUAUAUGGUGUACAAUGAUGACUUCAAUCAAACUUUGCCCUUGUACACCUGCUACGAAAACUUUGCCAACCCUAAGAUGGGGAAGAUCUACACAGCAGUUCUGCUAACUCACAUCUACCUGGUUCCCCUCACAGUAAUCACAGUCAUGUACGGAAGCAUCGGAGUCAAACUGUGUUCCUCUGUAGUCGGGAACAGAGAGCCGCAGGCCAAUGCUGCAAUGAUUUCACAGAAGAAGAUCAAGGUGAUAAAGAUGCUUAUCGUAGUGGCUUUGCUUUUCAUGCUGUCUUGGUUACCACUCUGGACCCUCUUGAUGAUGGCAGACUACGCAGGCUUGGACAGGGAACAGAUCGACUUUCUCACCAGCUACGUCUUCCCCUUUGCCCACUGGUUGGCUUUCUCCAACUCCAGCAUCAACCCCAUCAUCUACGGCUACUACAACGAGAACUUUAAGAGGGGCUUCCAGGCAGUAUGCAAGUCCAGGUCCUUCUGUUACCUCGUGCAAUGCCAGCUAUGGAGUAGAGUGGCCAAGUGGGAGAAGAGUGGAAGGUGA